CGCCUCGCACAAAAGUCAGGCCCGAGUGUGUCCGACCAACUACCUCAUUGGAGGGGAUGAAGUGUUGGAUAAACCCAUGAAAGAUGAAUAGGAACAACACGUUGUUGCAUUGUGGAAAAAGAUCCCAAUAUCAGACGGUUGGUCGACAGAUUAGUGAACCAACGUCCCCGUGUCAGACAAAUCGUACCUGCCUAACCCCGGGGCAAACCAUCAACUCGAAGGGGCCAGGUCUCCAAUACCAGGUGAGCAGCAACACAUAACUCGAUCAAAGUUGAUGAAUCAAUAGGAGAGAACUUCCCUAUUUAUCCACCUUUAGAGCAAGAGAGGCGACGGAUGCUUUCACAUCUCCCAUCCGCUGCCUCUGCCUCUCCCGUCCAAAGUUUGGGUAACACGACAAACGGACGCAAUGAGAGUAGUAUUUACCGUUGCCUCUCAGUUGUUCUUGUCAACAAUCAUCAUCUCUCAAUUAGCUUUGACUGCAACAUGCGUUCGAACAGCAGUCAACGUCACGUAUAGCGAAUAUGUCGGAGAAGAACUUGGCAACGGCGUCAGUCAAUGGCUUGGACUCCGGUACGCGGCACCGCCUGUUGGUGCCCUGAGAUUCGCGCCCCCGCGAGAUCCGCUAUCUAACUCUGAGCCUCAAGCGGCAAAUAAGCAUGGGAACUGGUGUGUCCGAAGGCCGGGUAAUUCUCUGACUUCGGAGGAUUGCCUGUUUCUGGACGUCUAUGCACCGACAAAAGCAACCACAAAGUCCAAGCUCCCAGUCUUUGUCUUCAUCCAGGGCGGAGGUUUCAACGACAAUGCUAACCCAAACCUCAACGGAACUGGGCUCGUAAAGGCGAGUUCAAACAGCAUCAUCGUCGUUACACUCAAUUACCGUGUAGGACCAUACGGGUUUCUCACCAACGGACCGCAAGUUGUUGCCAACAACGGGCUUCGAGACCAGCGCAAGGCUCUGGAAUGGGUGCAAAAGUACAUCAGCCAAUUUGGAGGUAACCCUGACCAUGUCGUCCUUGGAGGAGCCUCAGCUGGUGCGGCCAGCGUCGCUUACCACAUGAUGGCCGACAAGGACGGCAACAGAAAGCUGUUCCACGCAGCAGCUGCCGAAUCAGUCUCCUUCGGUACCGUCCUCACCGUCCAACAAGCCCAGUACCAGUAUGACAACCUGAUGAUCCGCCUCGGCUGUGCCAGAAGCGACGCCGCCGCUAGUCUGGCCUGUCUGCGAUCCAAGACUCAAAAAGAAAUUGCCGACAAGGACGGCGACAUCCCGUACCCUGGCUCGUCCAACGGACCCAUCUACAUGUGGUCCCCCGUCAUCGACGGCGACUUUGUAAUAGACUACCCGUACUCCGCCUUCCGCAACGGCAACUUCAUCAAGAACAUCCCCGUCAUCUUCGGCGACGACACCAACGGCGGCAGCGGCUUCGUCCCUGACCGCAUCAGCUCCCUCGGCGACAGCAACCAGUUCAUCAAGGACCAGUUUCCUGCCAUCACCCUGAGCCAGCUCGACACCCUGAACAUGCUCUACCCUAACCCGAACGCUUCGAUCUGUCCCAGAAUGGGCUGUUGGCGCGGACAGGCGGGAAGUGUCUACGGCGAGAUGAGGUACAUGUGUCCUGGGUUGUACCUGAAUGAUGCGUUUGACAACUACAACGAUCAAUACUCCAAGGGCACAAGCUCUUGGGCGUAUCGGUGGAACGUGGAGGACCGGGAUCAGAUGGCCAGCGGGCUGGGAGUGCCGCAUGUUGUCGAGCUCAAUGCCCUUUUUGGACCGACAAACAUGUGGUAUACUGGCCAGGUGCCCCAGAGUUAUUUUCCGGGUGGGACAAACGCGGCGGCGGUGCAGGUCAUGCAGGGCUAUUGGGUCAGUUUCAUCAGGACAUUUGAUCCGAAUACGUUGAGGUGUUGUGGGAGCGUGGAGUGGAAGGCCUGGAAGAGCGGCGAUAAAGCGAGUGCACAGCAUCAGAGGUUGUUGUUUGGGACGGGCGGGAAGACGGCGAUGGAGGUGAUUCCAUUUGAUGAGGGGCUGGGGCUGAGGUGUAAGUAUUUGCAGGCUAUUGGGAGGAGCCUGCUGCAGUGAGCAUGUGGCAUGUCUGGUGGUGACAGUGUUGGUCGGGUCGGGUUGUUUGCUUCCGGAAUCUGGCCAUGACCAAACAGACGAGAGAGAAGAUGAUGGCGUGCUUGUUUCUCCGUGAACACCUCUCCCCUGAAGAUGUCCUUAGCGUACGCGACAUGAACGCAACAAAGAUCAUGUUUUUCCAAUGAAGAGGUCCCAUCCAACUUCAACAUCAAAAGUGGAGAUAGGGGAAUGCUG